AUGGCAGAUAUCCAGACUCAAGUGAUUAAAGAGACUCAGGUCGUUGAGGAGACUCAAGAGAUCGUCGUCUCCGAAGACGCCACCGCCACCAACACUUCCACCAUCACCGCCACUAUCAUCACAGACGACGAGCCUGCCCUGACACCAGAAGUAACAGAGCCCGCACCGAUUGCGCCUGCUCCUGCUCCCGUUGCUGCUCCCGCUGUCGUCAUUACAGAGGUCAAGCAGCAGAGCCGACUGUCCUUGGCCUUCCAAAAGAUCUCUGGAGGAUGUGGUCUCUGCUUCAGUCCACUCAAGAGCGGCCCCACAGAUUAUCAUAACCUUAUCGAGACCCCCACAGACGAGGAGGACGAGCCCAACCACCUUCCUGACUCGCAUGACAACAACGGCAAUGCUGCAGUCCCAGUCGUGAUCACGGACGAUUACAAGGGUGAGCAUCGGGUAGAGGGCGAGAUUGCUGUUGCAAGCAGUUCGACGGAUAGCCAUGGCUACCUUCAUCGGGAGGAGGUCCACGAGAAGAUCAAGAGCCGUGACUUGGCGGUCGUUGAGGAGUUUACGACAGUGAUGGAGGAGCACAAUGUUGUCGUCCAGGAGGAGCAUAGGCAGCAGGAGAUGGAGGAGGUGCAGUUCUCGACCCAGAUUAUCGAUGCACCCGCGACGUUUGUGGAGGAGAUCAUUGAGGAUGUUGUUGAUGACUCUAGCCUCCCUAUCGCCGCCGCGGUUGUUGUUGAGGCGAUCCCAACGCCUGAAGUCCCCGCAAAAGCAGUAGCAGCACCAGCACUGGAGACCGUCUCCGUCCCAGUCUCACCGGCACCCACCCGCUCAAAAACCUUCUCCAAGCUCACCAAGCGUUCGACUUCCCUCACCACCUCAUCAUCGUCCCCCCCCUCCACAUCGCCUCUUCGGGAACGACUGGGUCGGUUUGCCAAGAUUAUUCGUCCCAGCGAGACCAGUUCUUCGAUCCAUUCCAAGGUUGAGUCGCUCAAGGUCUCGACCACACCUUCGAGCCUCACCGUUGAAGAUACCGUAGUCGCCACUGCCAUCACCGCCGAGCCCGAGCAGAGCGCGGAGAAGAAGACAGCCGUCCCCCUGACGCCUGUCUCUCCAGUCCUCAAGGAACUCUCUGUGCCCUCUCUCCGAUCCGAUGCCGCCACCCCACCACUGGCCCCAGUGCCCGAGCAACACAACAACAACCGCCAUAACUCCUUGGCUGUCGAUACCCUCGUUGCAAACAACACCACAACCACAACCGCCCCAGUAGCCAUCCCAUCAUCCUGGUCCAACUCCCCCACAACCCUACACCAGCACGAGUUCAGCACGACCUCCGGCCAGACCAUCUCCCGCACCGGCCGUGCCUCAACUAUGGACAGCGCCACCGAGAUUGGAUCCCUGAGCUCCAACUCCAACUCGAACUCUAACGAGCAGUUGUCUUCUAUUGCCACCUCAUCCCCCACGGGCAAGGAUGGAUUGAAGACCAACCGGAGGAAAAGCGUGAUGAAGAAGUUGGGCAAGAUUAUUAACACCAUGAACACCAACAGCAGGAAGAACAGUAUGGAUAAGGAGAGGGAUAGUGCGACGCCGACAAAGAACGAGAAGCGGGUGAGUCGACAGGGCAGUUUGGCGCUGACUAGCCCCUUGGAGUCUGAGGAGAACUUUGGCCUGUAG